AUGGAUGGAGCAGCUACAUUAAAAUGUCUCCUGUCUCCCGUCUCUCUGCAGGCAUGGAAGAAGCGGUGGUUUGUUCUCCGCAGCGGCCGUCUCUCGGGCGACCCAGACGUGCUGGAGUACUACAAGAAUGAUCACGCCAAGAAGCCCAUCCGCGUGAUCGACCUCAACCUGUGUGAACAGGUGGACGCAGGGCUCACGUUCAACAAGAAGGACCUGGAGCACAGCUUCAUCUUCGACAUCAAGACCAUCGACCGCGUCUUCUACCUGGUGGCCGACACGGAGGACGACAUGAACAAGUGGGUCCGCUACAUCUGUGACAUCUGCGGCUUCAACCCCACGGACGAUGAAGCGGCAAAGGCUGCCCAUCAGGCGGCCAGCGGUGGCUCUGUGGUGGACACGCCCCCUCACCCUGGCCUGGGGGGUCCUCCGGCCAUGCUGACCAACGUGCCCCCUCCCUACCAGCCGGUCAGCGUGCGCCACCUGGACUCAGAGUCCAGCCUGGACGAACCCCAGGACUACCUGUGGCUGGUCAACUGUGAGAGCAAGAAGCCAGAGCCCAACAGCUCUGUGACUCCUCUACCCCCUACUCCUCUCCCCCAGGAGUACCUCCUCCUAGAGGAGUGUGAGAGCAAAGGGGCUCCUUCUCCUCCCCAGGUUAAUCAAGCCCACGCCGAGUGUUCCAAGUCGACCUCGUCGGAGACGGACCUGAAUGACAACGUCCCCGCCCACCGCACGCCAACCUCCACUAGCUCCUCCUCUAAGCACGCCAACGGCUUCUUCUCCUCUGUCCUGCCCCCUCACCCCUCCUCCGCCUCCUCCAUCUAUGACUCUCCGCCUUCCCGCGGAGGCGACCUCUCCUCCAGCCUCUACCACCUCCCCCRCUCCUACUCCCAGGACACUGUGCUCCUUCCCAAGUCGGCCUCCGCYUCCUCGCCCCCCGUCCCGGUCGACGGCGACGCCCCGGAGCUCUACGUCUUCAACGCKCCCUCGCGGAAGCCCUCCGUGGAGACUCAGMUGAGGAACCUGUCGGUUAGCUACGAUAUUCCUCCCACACCAGGCAGUAACUGUACCUAUCAGGUGCCUCGAGGUCCAGCGAGUGGUGGGUCUGAGGGUGGGGAUGGGAUGCCUCCGCCCCGGCCCCCCAAGCCGUCCCUCAGCUCCCUGACCCCGGGGCACCCGCCGCCCCCCGCGGAGCGCUCGCCCACGGACACGUACUGUGUGCCGCGCUCCAUGUCGGAGACGGACGGGAACUACUGCGUGCCCACCAGCGCCGGGAACAAGGCCCUGAGGAGCAACACCAUCGGCACCAUGGACUCAUCRCGCCUCAGGAAAGGUAUGUCUCAUUGAUUGAUCUUGAUUCAU